CUAGGUGCUGCUUUCCAGCAGCUGCCUCCUGCCAUUGAUGAUCGUUCUUCUCUCCCUUCUGGGAGGGUGAGAGGGAGGGAGCGCAGUCUGAGUGGACUUCGGUUUUUAUCAGUUGAGGUUGCUAAAGACAGCUGUGUUGUUAUUUGUUUUGUUUGUUCCUUUAGUGCAUACAUAUCCAUCUCUUGUCUAAAUGGAUAAGAUAGUUUGUGGCCAUUUUCGUGGUACUUGCUUUUCAGGAAGCCUCAGGUUGCUGCUGAUAAGUAGUAUGUUUUAGGUUAGUUGGGAAAGCAUUAUGUACUAUUGUACUGCUCCCAGUUCUUAGUAUACUGAAGAUUAUAUUUAUUUAAAAUAAAGCAAAACCUCUAUACGCCUAGAGCGAAAGUGAGAACUCAGCCUUCCUCCCACCCCUCCCCCAAAAAAGCUUAAAAAAUUAUUUUGAGUAUUUUUGGUAGGCUGUCCUUGCCACAGCAGGAGCAGGGAAGUAAGAGGACUAGUGGCAAGAGUUGAUUCCGUCUUAUGUGUUGCAAGGGAAUUUGUGUUGAUGGAGUUAACAGCCUGGGCCAGUCGGCACUUUUUGUUGCGGCAUUAUUGGGCCAUAUGAAAUUAGUUGAUGUUCUGGUGGAUUAUGGGUCAGAUCCAAACCACCGAUGCUUUGAUGGGAGCACCCCUGUCCAUGCAGCAGCUUUUUCAGGCAACCAGUGGAUCCUCAGUAAACUGCUGAAUGCAGGGGGUGACCUUCGACUCCAUGAUGAGAAAGGUCGGAACGCACAGGCCUGGGCUUUGGCAGCAGGGAAGGAUCGUAGCACCCAGAUGGUGGAGUUCAUGCAGCGCUGCACGUCACACAUGAAGGCUAUCAUCCAAGGCUUCUCCUAUGACCUCCUAAAGAAGAUAGACUCCCCUCAGCGCCUCAUCUGCAGCCCACCCUGGUUUGGUAGCCUCAUCCAGGGGAGUCCAAAUAGUUCUCCUAACCGACAGCUGAAACCUGGAAUCAUUUCUGCCCAAAAUAUCUACAGCUUUGGCUUUGGGAAGUUUUAUCUCACUCCAGGGAUGCAGCUCACUUAUCCAGGAUCUCUUCCAGUAAUUGGAGAAAAGGAAGUGAUUCAAGCUGAUGAUGAGCCUACCUUCUCUUUCUUCAGUGGCCCCUACAUGGUCAUGACCAACCUAGUGUGGAACAGGAGCAGAGUCACGGUGAAGGAACUGAACCUCCCCACCCACCCUCAUUGUAGCAGACUGAGAUUGGCUGAUUUGUUGAUUGCUGAGCAGGAGCACAGCAGCAACCUGCGGCACCCUAACCUACUGCAGCUGAUGGCUGUGUGUUUGUCCCAGGACCUGAAGAAAAUUCGCCUGGUGUAUGAGCGUAUCACAGUUGGCACCCUGUUCAGUGUCCUCCAUGAACGAAGGUCCCAGUUCCCAGUGUUGCACAUGGAAGUGAUUGUGCACUUACUGCUCCAGAUCGCCGAUGCCUUGAUCUACCUCCAUUCCCGAGGCUUUGUCCAUCGCUCCCUUAGCUCCUAUGCUGUCCACAUUGUCUCUGCUGGAGAAGCAAGACUGACCAACCUGGAAUAUAUGAUGGAAAGCCAGGACAGUGGCACACACAGGGACAUGACGCGAGUGCCCCUCCCCACCCAGCUCUACAACUGGGCUGCUCCAGAAGUGAUCCUACAGAAGGCGGCCACUGUGAAGUCAGACAUCUACAGCUUCUCCAUGAUCAUACAAGAAAUUUUAACAGACAGCAUACCCUGGAAUGGCUUGGAUGGCUCAGUUAUUAAAGAAACCAUAGCCUUGGGAAGUUAUUUAGAAGCUGAUGUCAGGCUUCCGGAACCUUACUAUGAUAUUGUUAAGUCAGGUAUCCACGCCAAGCAGAAAAAUCGAACAAUGAACCUACAAGAUAUCCGGUAUAUUCUGAAGAAUGACUUAAAGGAGUUUCUUGGAGCUCAGAAAACUCAGCCAACUGAGAGCCCCAGAAUGCAGAGCUAUGAAGCCCAUCCUGAUGUUAACCCCUGUCUAGGACUAACUUCAGAAUAUCAAAAAGACAUUCCAGACCUGGACAUCAAAGAGCUAAAGGAAAUGGGUAGUCAGCCCCAUUCACCAGCAGAUCACUCUGUUCCCACUGGAAAAACAGAACUGACUCCUCCAGUCCUGGAUUCAAGUCUGUCAGUCCAGGAACCUGAGAAUCCAAAUGUUCUUUCUCCUCCUGCUCCAUGUUUGGCAGAAGAGGUCAGGAGCCCCACUGCAAGUCAGACCAGCCUCUGCAGCUUUGAAAUCAAUGAAAUCUACUCAGGCUGCUUCAACUUGGGAAUUGUCAAAGAGGAAGAGUCCCCAGGGACUGCUUCAUCACCUGAGGGGGAUAUACCAGACCAGGUAGAUGAACUUCCAUCUCUGGAAGAAGAGCUGGAUAAGAUGGAGAGAGAAUUGCAUUGUUUUUGUGAGGAGGACAAGAGCUUUUCAGAAGUUGACACAGACCUUUCCCUUGGGGAUGGCGACUGGCAAAGUGAUUCCCUCAGUUCACUCAGCCUGACUGAGCCAACCAGAAAAGACAAGAGCAAAACGAGCAGUUGGUCCAAGACUGAUGAGUUUGUCAGUAAGUGUGUGCUGAAUCUAAAGAUUUCACAAGUAAUGAUGCAGCAGAAUGCCGAGUGGCUGAGGAAGCUUGAGCAGGAAAUAGAUGAACUUGAGCUGGCCCAGGAGGAGCUGGACAAUCAGUGCAGGGGUUUGUGGGAUGCUUCACUAAAGUUUGCAAAUGCCAAGUUUCUGUUAGCUGUGGGCCCUCCAUCUUUGACUUAUCUGCCUCCUGUUAUGCAAUUAUCAGAGCUCAGGCAGUCAGAAAAUGGUGGUUAUUGGUUGGCCCUAGCAAAGUCUCCAGGAGCGGAGAGAGACUUCCAAGAAGGACAUUUUGGCAGAAAGCCUGAGAAACUAAGCUGUGGCUGGAAGCCUUUCACACAAGUUUCUGAAGAAAGCAUAGAAGACCAGUCAGAGACAAACAAUCAGCUGCCGACUGUUCGUGGUCCUGGGAAGCAGAACACAGGUGAACAAUUACCAUCUGCUGAGGAAGCCAAGGAGAGAUUGGAGAGAAAUAAAACCCAAAAUAGCAGGAGGAUCAGUAUGGAAUCUGCGUCUUCUGAAAUCUCUAAUACAAAGUCAAGAAAUAGUGAAGAUGAUGGAGAGUCAGACUCAAAAUGGAAAAUGGCAGUAAAAGAAAUGGCAGAGAAAGCAGUUUCUGGACAGCUCCUAGUACCUCCUUGGAGUCCUCAGAGCAGUGUGCCUUUUAAGAGUAAGAUUGAAAAUGAGACCUCUCGUUUGCCACGGCCCCCAGUCCGAGGUCCUGAGAGCACACACUGGCCACACAUUGUAGAAUAUCAGAGGGAAAAUGAUGAGCCCAAAGGAAGUGUAAAGUUUGGCGCAAUGGACAGCAGUGACUGUGACAGGGACAAGCACAGCAGACAGACAAGCCUCCGACGCUUCACCAGUAUUAUAAACCCAUUCUUCAGAAAACAUGAACAGCCAGAGAAUAGUGAAGUCUCUCAAGCAAGUUGUGACACAUCUGUGGGUACUGAGAAAUUUUACAGCACCUCAAGUCCCAUAGAAGAGGACUUUGAAAGAAUCCAAAAUUCUUUGGCUGAACCUCAAGGCUAUGUUGAAGAAAAGUUUCAAAUAAGAGAAAUCUUUGGAAAGAAUGCUGAGAGUUUGACUGAGCCUCAGUUCCAAGCUAAGCAAAGUGCUGAAGAUGAACAAGAAGAGGCCUUAGAGGAGACACUGAAGGAACCGAAAGAGAAAGACAUAUCACUGACAGACAUUCAAGACCUGUCGAGUAUCUCCUGUGAACAAGACAGCUAUUUUAAGGAAACCGCAUGCAAAACACCCAGAUUAAAGCAUGCACCUACCAGUGUCAGUACUCCGCUCAGCCCAGAGUCAGUUUCUUCAGCUGCUAGUCACUAUGAAGACUGCCUUGACAGUACCACAUUUCAGGUUAAAAGAGGAUCUGCAUUUUGUUGGAAUGGUCAAGAAUCUAUGAGAAUUUUGUCUGCCAAAUUUACGACUGUCCGAGAGAGAGCACAGAGCCUGGAGUCUCUCCUGGCUUCUUCUAGGCCUCUACCUGCGAGACUAGUUGAUCCUGUGAGUGCCCAGAAAAAAUGGUCUGCAAUUAGUGUAGUUGGUUCUUCUAACAUUUCUGUGACAUCUGUUACAUCAGCCCAUGCUACCCAAAGGAAGCACCUACCCAGAGUGGAAACCACCUCUCAGCAUCAUGUCAGUGAGCUUCCCCCGCCAGCUCAGGAGCUCCUGGAUGAAAUCGAGCAUCUGAAGCAGCAGCAGGUUUCAUCCAUGGUGUCACAGGAGAACACAGCACAUGGUCUGAGUGCCACUGAAAAUGAUAAAAAGAAUUUGGAAGAACAAGAAACCAACAGUAGUAAAGACAGCAGUUUUCUUUCCACCAAAGAAAUUCAGGAUCUGGAAGACACAGAGAGAGCUCAUUCUUCUCUUGAUGAGGACCUGGAAAGAUUGCUGCACUUACCUGAGGAGAACAUGGCACUGCUGGACCCUUCCAAGGGCUCUACAAGGGAGAAAGAACCUAAAGAUCAAGACGUUGUUGAUCAGAAGGAAAAAAGGAAAGAAAGCAUCAGUCUGGAGAGAAGGAAAUCAGACAGCGUUUUAGGGUCUUUGGAAGAAGGAUAAUUGUGCUGGAUCAGAGUGACUUGUCGGAGUGAUUGGAACUGGCUCGGAGGCAGGUCCAGCCUGAGUUCUUCUUUUGUCUGCAUCAGUUGCCUCGAGGACAAUGGUUCCAGUUCUGCAGCUCACACUUCGUUCUGCUGCUGCCAUGGGCACAAUAAUGCGGCCCUAUCGUGUGUAGCGUGCGUAAUCGUUUGUUGUGAAUCAGGUUUCUGAAAAGGGCAAGAUAUCCAUAACGGCGAACAUUUGAUUGUGUUCAGAAUGGCUUUUG